AAAUUCUCCAGUCCUCAUUCUUUCACCUCUUUUUCCUUUUGCCACGUUUAUUGUCUUUGUGAAGGAGACUCUUGUUCAUUCUUUCAUUUAUUCUUUAUUUCUCCUCGGUUUCCAUUCUUGUUUUCUUAGAAACGGAAAAACCAAACGGAAAAGACAGGAUCCCGUUACCGACAUCGACAUGUCAGACGCCUUCAAUCCCAAGGGUUCAUCCCCGACCGUCAAACCGAAGAAGGGCGACGACGAUCAAUAUGACACCUCGGCGUCCGGCUCCACCCCGGUCCCGGGUCUCCGCCUGGGCGAGACAUCCGACGCCCUGUCCCUCCACACCACCGGCCUCCCGCCGCACCGUCCAGGCGGGUUAUACGACGAGUUCCCCGCCGAACUCGAAGCAGACGACCUACCCCCUCUGUACACCGACGACCCAGACGCCGCGGCGCCCGCCCCCCUCCUCCCACCAGGCGGCGGGGGCGGCUCCUCCUCCCUCCUAGGCCGGCACGCCGGCUACCUCCUGAGCCCGUCCCACCGCGACAAGUCCACAGGCCACGAAUGCUACAUGGACCGACGGCUCGACACGGACCCGGCCUUCCUGCAGAAACACAUCGAGAUGUGCGCGCUGACGCCGCCGCGGCCCUUCGUGCAGGUGCGGGGCACGCACACCGAGACGGUGCGCAAGGGCGACAAGACGGAGAAGCGCGAGCACGUCGACUUUGACGUGCGCGUCGAGCUGACGCCGUUCCUCUACUCGGACAUCAACACGCGGGCGUCGUGGCGGGAGCUGCGCACGGCGGAUAAUUUCGAGAAGGUGCGGCGCGGCACCGUUUUCGCCGUGCGGGCGCCCGGGUUCGGCGGGCGGAGUAGUAGUAGUAGUAGUAGUAGUACCACCCGCCCAGGGGUGGACCCCGCGACAACAACAACAACUCCCGCUUCCGAAGAAGCGGGCCCCCCGGGACUGGCGGAGUGGUGCCACCGCUACUGCGCGAGCCACGCGGGGCUGAAGACGUUCCUGCUGCGGCGCACGGUGGCGGGGUUCGACGAGGAGGCGGUGGCGGCGAAGCUGGAGGCGCUGGUGCGCAACACGGGGUACCGGGGCCGCACGACGGUGCGGUUCCCCGUCGAGGACGCCGCCGUCGAGGUGUUCAACCAGUGCCGCACGAACCGCUGGCGCCUCCUGGCGUGGCUGCGGUGGCUGACCUACCUCACCCUGCUCUUCGUCUUCACCUGGCCCUGGCUGUUUUUCCGCACCAAGCGCUUCGAGGUCGCCGUCGCCGAGUGGCACUUCUCCCGCUUCGUCUUCGUCCCCGCCGGGAACGGGAGCGGGCGAAGGGAGUUUGUCAGCGUGAGCGAGGAGCAGUGGUAUAACAUGUGGGCCAGGGCCAUCUGGAAGGCCGUGCUGGGGAGGAGGCAGGGCACGCUGGACCAGCAGGACCUGAUUGCCGCCCAGGCUGCGCAGGGCUUGAGUUUCGACGAGGCGGCUGCCGGCGGGGGCAUGGCGGGGACCGUGGGCGGCUUUCAUUUCGGAUGGGGAGGCGAUAACUGA